CGCGCGUCACUGUGCGAAGUUCGUCCCACUGAUGUAGCAUACGUUGUCUGUCAGUUUGAUUGAUUUAUAUCCCAAAUUACGGAUUCUAUUUUUUCACCACGAUGACUCUUCGUGGUGGGCAGUCCACUGGUUCUAUUCGAACAUGGCGUCGGCAUUUCCCCUUGUCCUCGGUCAACAGUGUAGUAGAUCUGAUGCGCGAGAUCCUGACGAGUUCUGGUUUCCAGUUGCCUCUGGAACUGGACACGGGUGAUACGGGAAAACUGAGCAGUUCUCUUACGACAGAAAUAUCCGGUGCAGACUCUCGUGUUCGUUCGACAAGCACAUUACAGGACACGUACCUCAUACCUUGCGUAAUUGAGCCGGAUCUGGCUUUCGUAUCAAUUGUUCUAGGAUUUAUAGAGAACCAUUUAACUGUUACAGCUCCUGAGGAGGGUAAUCAAAUCCCCAAAUCGAGACCACCCACUACCCUGAAUGUAUCCAACUCCAGGUCCGCUCGUCUACGAACCUCUUCCAACACUGUAACUAAAAUUCCACCAUCGCCUUUGUCCGUUCACAAUUUCGAAGCACCAGACCCGAGUUCUUUGACCGUGUCCAACUCGCCUAACCUAUCUCUCCCAGAGGAUGCAGGCUCUCUGUCGUCCUCGUCAUCUAUUUCCGCUUCUGUUGUGUCGGCUUGUGAUAAUGAUUCUAACGCAGGACAAACAAAUGAUUCAUUAACAGUUCAUAGAUCUCGAAGAUCAUCUCAAACAUCGCAUAGAAAGUCUCGUGUUACUCCACGUCGACGGGUUUCAUCGCAAUCCCUACUCGCCACGGCUGACACACCAACACCAUUCACAAUUCAUGAACCUUUACAUGUGGUCACAGAUUCUGUGGCUCCCUCAUUGGUGACCAGUGGCAAAAAGCGUCGUUUCUCCGAUUCUACAGCUGUCGCGAACGCCCGCUUCCCAUGCCUGACUUUUGAAGAGGCAGAGAAGUGGUACCAAGAUUUCUACGCUCUGAUCACAACUUCACCCAAACUCCAGCCAUUCAUGGAGACAAAACCCGAAAGCAAACAGGUUGGGCAGUCCCGAUUUGCCACCAGAGGGCUGAUCCGUGCUGUUUGUGAGGUUCUCCGAAGCAGCAUGUCCUCUGGAAAGGGCAAGGAAAAACUUACCCACACCCAGAGUAUCUACUCCUUCUUGACAACGGGCCUUUUGGACAGUUUUGGAUUGGCUUACACCACCGUUGCGGCUUGUCAACUCUUGGGAUAUUCAGACGUUGAUCUAGCGCUCUCCGAAGAACACGGCUGGGUAGAAUUCGGCCCACCUGAUGCACGGCAAAGCGCGGAUGUAGCCACGUGGAUGCACAAUGCUCAUCUUGGUUCGUCCAUAUACGAGUCAACAGGGCAUUCCGAUACACGUUCUCGCCCAUCCCCAACAGUCCCUGAGUCCUCAGAAUCCAAACCUUCACCUUUGCAAGAUCGAAAUGAGGAAUCGGACGAAGCCACCAACCCUCCACCGAUUCGUGCUCCACCAUUGAUCCACUCAUGGCUCUACGUUAACGGAUUCCCGGUGGUUUGUCGGCCACGCAUAUUGGCUGUCACAGCCGCCGUUGCUGCCCUGCAGCCUGGGGCAUGUCUACCCGCGGUGACGCAGGCCCCUACUUCGGCGCCCAUUACAUCCGAGAACCGGUCAACCAUGUUUAACAAUUCCUGCUCUGACUUGGUCACCCCCGAUGGCUUGGCCCGACAUCUUUCCUCAUCUCCGGCAAUUUCCAUGCAGCUAGUCACUUUGAAGCAUCGCCUACUGUGGCUGUUUUUCGAAGCCGGUUGUCUGAAUCGGUACCCAUUGGGGUUAACCAACCUUGCGGAUUUGGAGGACGCUUUCCCAUCAGCGUUUUCACACUCGGUCAAUGGAAUUCCAAUUGAGAACCACAGGCGCGACAAUGAGCACUGCACCGCUGUCGAUGAGGAUAGACAAGCAAGCUCCCCAACAGAGAACGCGGUUUCCACGUCCCUGGAGGCAGCUACGACAGCUUUGAAGUUGUACAACCAAGCGGUGGCGGUGACAAAUCGACAUUAUGCCAAUCAGCAUGUCUACCCGUACACUUGUCUUGCUGGUUGCUUGUAUCGGCAUGGAGAUCAUCGAGGAGCGUUACACUACUGGUCUAAGGCGGCAGAAGUGAUUGGACAGUAUAACCACAGUUCUGAAGACUUGGAAAUAUAUCGCGAACUUUUAGAAAUUGCCACCCAACUGAUGCCUCACAUGUUCCGAAGUGCUGCGGAAGCUUCGCGAUCCUGUUCUGAAGGCCUGGUCGAGGCUGACCCAGAUGGGUGUCUAUAUCAACCGGCAAAUAUUUUGGACGAUCCACAAUGUCUGGCUUACUUGCUGGCAUUCUACGAUCACCUAUGUCUUUGGGAGGAAGGAUCUCCUGUCCCCGUGUUACAUGUCGGUUGGGUGGACAAGCUGAUGGUCAAUUUGGCACGAUUUUCCAGGCGUGCACGACGGCUGCUGGUGCUGUCAGUCGAAGACAACAGAAAUGCAAAGAAUGAGGAUCUGCCCCACUCUCCCAUGUCCAAAAGGUCUGAUGAUACAUCGGUAUGUAGCCCUUCGAUAACCAGUAAACGGUCAAGUCGUCGAACACGUAACGCCUAUCCGGGUGAAGGUGCCCACAAUCCCAUCUCCUCAGCUGUCGUUUCGGCUCCAUCACCCAGCUUCUCCGUCGCCAGCCAGGCGUUGACAGUUCUGACUUCCUCACCCCCGAUGGACCGUCCUACCAACAGCAUGUCCCCGUUACACUCCUCGCUACCGCAUGAUAAAAUCGACAGGGUCCCGUCGGUUAACCGAAUUCCCAAUACUUUGCGACGACAAAAGUCAAAAGUGGCGCCUUCCGUCAACUCACAGCUUGUGACUGUUAACGGCAGCUCAGUACCAUCGACAGAAGUGGCUGAAUCCAAUGAUAUAGUCCAAACCGGGGUCACAGACAUGAAGCAUUUACCCAGUGCCGAGGUUGCCGAAGUCCUUGCUCGCAUCUAUCAAGAACCCGAUCAACAAAAAGCAGACCUUGCUACAGAUAUUGAGGAACAGGAUGGUUCACCUUCCCCUCCGCCGCUUAUCGAUUUUCCAAAUCACGAUGACUUUCUGACCAGUUUGGUUGAAGUCUGCGACCAGCGCCUAUUAAAUCCGGCUUUUCUGUGGGGAGUGGAGCCACACCUACCAUUCCUCCCAGCUGAUGUGGCCCCAGAGGAGGCUCUCACGCGCCUGCUAGCUUCACUGGAAUCGAAACAGUCUUUGCAAACAAACGUCAGUUUGUUUCCGACUCCCCCGAAUUCGGGAGGUGUUUGUGAUUCAACAAUCCAAGGCCCCGUUUCCAUCGGGAGCGACCAAAAACCAACGGACAAGGAUCCGUUACCACUUAUCAGCGCCACAGAUAUCAAGCCCCAACGAGAUAAACUUGACAAAUCCCCGUCGCAUCUGGAAAAGGCUUCGGACGAUACGCGGUUACUGAAUGACUUUGAAGAUCUUGAUGAUCCCGAUUUUUUAGUACACGAAGUCCCUUCCAAUCUACUGGAUACGAUGACAGGAUUUGAGCGUGAAUUCAAACUGGACCCGCUGCUCCAUGAGGCGACCACGGGUUCGGAUGAAAUGCUACUCAGUUCCAUUAUGAAAUCAGAGACAGACUCAGAAUCGUCGCCCCAUCACUCGUCGAAGACCUCCCGUUCGGUUGCAAAGACCAUGGACGAACUACUUGUCCAUUUGACACUCCACUCGACAAAAAUGAUAUCCAUUGUGGAGCUGUUACGCGCCCAGCGUUUGAAUUCAUCUGCAAUCAAACUUGCCUUGACAGCUCAAAGUCAGGUUUGUCUUCGGCGUACAGGAUUGUCCUCUCUGUAUGAAGUUUGAACUGAUCCUAAUCGCUGAUAUCGAUCCCCACACGUUUCCUCUUCUCAACUUAUUUUCAUACCUUUUUGCACAUAGUGUUUUGAAUGGUCUAUUCCCAAUUUUCCUUGGUGUGUAAUCAUAAUAUCCAAGACAACGUUUGUCUUGAGCUUUUGUACUCUUUGUUUAUAGUUUGUCCCUCAUCCCGCCAUGAACGUCUUUGUUUAAUCGAGGGUGUAUUUUGUUAGGUGCGCGUGUUUGUAUGUGCACAGGCGAGGAUACAUCUUCGUUUUCAUUGUUUUUUGCCUUAACUGUAAUCUUUCCGUAUGUAAUUCCUCAUAUAAAUUCGUACACAUUCCUCGCCCCAUUACUAUCCGCAACGAUUUUUUCCCUUUCCUUGCACCUGAAUGGCCUUGUUGUCUUCAGAUUGAUAUUCAAAGAUCCACCUCAUUCUAUCAUUUCGUGUGUCAUAUUUUGUGGUACCUGGGACUAUUUUGUACAUACCUUCAUUGACCCCACCCCCCUACGUGUAACCGCACGUGGCGUUUGGUCGCUCCCUUCCUCCAUCAUUCAGGUUAUUGAGAAGCGGCUGCACUUGUGUUUUCUUUCCGAAUCCCACUUCCCAUCAGAUCCCGGUUGAGAUUAUCCAAGACGUCCCGGUGAAUAAAGUGAUCGAACAGCCGCCGAAACAAUCAUGGUUCUGUGGCGUCACACUUGUCAUUGUAUCCGUUUUUGUUGUUAUUUCGAUCACUGUUUCCCAUUUUACGGAGCUGUCUAUUUUCUAUCUCACACGGUAGUUUCCCUCCAUUUUUGCCAGGUCCUACACAGACAUUUUGGUACCAUAUAAAUAGAGAAUGGGAC